UGAGCUGUACUAUGACGUCAUAAGCGGGUAGUUCCUGGAGACGGAACUUGUAUGGAUGUCGGAUGGGUGUUACGGAAAGCUGAAGAUAUUUGGAACCGUUUUUGGAGCAGAAAAAUGGAAACCUCAGUAUGGGAAACGUUACCGGAUGUAGUGAUGAUAGAAGUAUUCAAAUUUCUAAGGGACCCGGACAAGGCCAACCUUGCACUCACGUGUACAAACUGGGCGCGCCUCUUUCACACACCGAGCCUGUGGCGUCACCGACACUUCGACAUGGGCGGAUAUAAGUGUCACACGAAUGGGGUACGCGCCAACAAGUUCGCGGAACUGUUCGGUGGAUACGUUGAGAAUCUUUCCAUAACGUGUAGCCACCCAUCUUAUCAUAUUACCAAGGUGUUUCAGAAGAGCAUGGAAGAUCUUCUUGUAAAAUUCAGAUCAAGUCAGCUUAAAGAAUUCGAGAUGGAACGUUUGGAACUGGACAGGUUCUGGAAGCAUGAUUCGGCGAGAGAUAGGUUCACGAACAACUUUGUUAGAUUUUUCAAAACUCAGAAACGUUUGAAGGUUUUCGAUAUGACGGCAGCUCAAUGUCCACUCCAUGGUGGAUUGAGAAUUAUAGAAGUUGUUGGUCAAAAAUCUGGUAAAACUAUGGAAGAGAUUUAUAUUGAGGACUUUUUCCCUUCACGGUUUACAAUAUACAGUGUCGAAAAGUUCAAAUCAAGCAUGUCAUUCUUUAUCAACAUCAACUACAUAGCUCUUAAUUAUAACUGCAUUUCAGAAGAAAUAAUCGAAAUAUUUUCAAAAACGUUAGCAGGAAAAUUAAAGUUUUUCAACAUUAAAGUGUAUCGCAAUAACCCUCACUUGCACAGAAUAUCGUCGUUUGCUUGGCGGCAGCUUGUGUCUGUCUGUCCGAACCUUCAGGUCAUGUUUUGGUUCGAUAGCGUAGCCAAAUCUACAGAGGUUAUUCCAAUCCUUGUGCCGGAAAUACCCGUUCAGGACGUACACAUCUGGACUGGGUAUGAGGAUGACGCCGACUGGAAUCUGAGUGAUAUCAUUGUACAUAUUGCAGACAGCUUCGCCACAACGCUAGAAGCAGUGUCUUUUGAGUUUGACAAUAACCAAGAAUUUGUGGAUGAUGCUGUUGUACAUCUUGUGAACAAGUGUAAGCGGCUGUUCGACCUCAGUCUCAACGCAUCUGUACUUUUGAGUACCAUUGAGACCGUCCUGGAGCAAGUUGAUGAACGCAAGUCUAACUUGCGGUCGCUGCACAUUACGGCUUGUGGUUUGUCCGAGAUGGAAUGGACAGAGCUAGCCGCUAUCAAGGAAAGGUUCGCCGAUAUGGCGGCUAGUCGUAAUAUAGACCUGAACAUCUCUACUGAUCUUGUACUGGAUCCAUUCUGAUAGCAUACACACGUCAGAGAUAAACAACAUGACAUCAUUCAAUCACCACAUGAGAAUGGGAUUUGGAUUAUUUAGGAUCUACCAGACUUUCCGGUGAUUUCAUAUUAUGUCAUCAAAUCAUUCAUUUGGGUGUGUUUUAAAUAUGUUAUUGACAUUGUUAUAUUACAUUGUAUCUAUCAUUACUCCCAAUCAAUAUAGUAAAAAGGAGUUUGAUAUGGAGAAAAA